GUGGGGUGGUCAGUUAGUCGGGCUUCCAAGUCUCGUUUCGUGUCAUUCGUGGCUCAAAUCUAACAGCAACAAGAGGAUAAAAUUCGAUUUUUUUUUUUAAAUUUGCAAUUGUUUUCUUUUUAAUUAUCGAUAAUUUGAUUUGUGUGAAAGUGAAUGUGAAUUUUUGAAAGCAAUUUUUAAUUUGUGGAAAAAAAAAGAAAAACUAAAUGUCUGCAACCGAGAGAACUUAUUUAACAAGACCAAAUGAUCCACCUCAUUAUAUCGAAUUUGCCGGUAUUAUUCGGAAUCGACGAAAUAGAAUUCGACAAUUUCAAUGUUGUGUCUGCGCUUUUCUUUUAGCACUUUUCGUGAUAAGCGUUGUCAUGACAAUCAGCUAUUCGAUAAGUCACACGUCAACAAACAAUUUAACAGCCGCGACGAAUUCGACAAUAAAUCCCGAGAUAAAUCUCUUAAAAUCUGCCGAAUGGAAAUUAAAUCCAGAUCCACCGGAUGGUAAUUUAUCAUCCCUUACAGAUGGAGAAUUAAUUGAAGGUAUUCAAGCGGGGAAUGAGGCAAUUGAAAAACGACGAAUUUCCGAUGCCUACACAAAACCCUUACCUUCACCAUCGCCGAAUUUUCGUCAUCAAUUUGCCGUCAGUACAAGUCUUGAGGCAGGUGCAUUGGCAUUGGCUGGUAUCGGUGAAAUAGCCGCAACAAAACACAUUGAAGAAUCAAGAUCGCUCCAUGGAAAACCAUCAUCAAUUGGAAGUUACUUCAAUGGCGGUUGGGCACCAAAUGGUUCCUGUAAAGAAUUUACAAGGAUUAAUUGUAAGUCAAAUAAAUAUAGAACGUACGAUGGUACUUGUAAUAAUCCAAAACAAUGGGGAGCGGCAAUGACGCCAUAUCAAAGAAUAUUACCACCAGCCUAUGCUGAUAAGAUCAAUUCGCCAAGAAGAGCAACUUCGGGAAAAUCACUUCCAUCAGCGAGGGAAGUCAGUCUCAAGGUUCAUCCACCAUCGCCAAGUUCAAAUCCAGCUUUUACAGUAAUGUUGGCUGUUUAUGGACAAUUUUUGGAUCAUGACAUCACGGCAACAGCCAUCGGUCAAGGAAUCAAUGGAAGUUCCCUGUCAUGUUGCUCAACAUCAAUUCGUCAUCCUGAGUGUUUUCCAGUUAAAGUUGGUCAUGGCGAUCCCGUUUACGAUAUUGGCAUGAGCUCCUGCAUGGAAUUUGUCAGAUCUGCUCCAGCAUCCCAGUGUAAAAUUGGUCCUCGACAGCAACUCAACCAGGUGACUUCUUUCAUUGACGGAUCAACAAUCUAUGGAUCGGACGAGGUAACAAUAAGUAACUUACGUAAAUUCCAUGGCGGUCGAUUAAAGAUGCAAGUGACGUCGGAUAAUAGAACACUCUUACCAAAAAGUACAAAUUUCAAUGAUGGUUGUAAUCGAAAACAAGAAUGGAAACGUGGUCGUUAUUGUUUUGCCGCUGGUGAUAAAAGAGCCAAUGAGAAUCUUCAUUUAACAACAAUGCACAUUUUAUGGGCCAGACAACAUAAUCGACUUGCCGACAAACUCUCAUCACUCAAUCCCACCUGGGACGAUGAGAAAUUAUUUCAGGAAUCAAGACGAAUUCUCGGUGCUCAAUUGCAGCAUAUCACCUACAAUGAAUUUCUACCAAUAAUUCUCGGUGAAAAAUUGAUAAAUGAGAAGAAUUUAAAACCCCUAAAAUCGGGUUAUCGUCGUGUCAAUCACACCGUUAAUCCAACGUUGGCAAAUAAUUUUGCAUCGUCGGCAUUUCGAUUUGCUCAUACACUUUUACCGGGUCUUAUGAAAUUGACGGACACUGAAAAAGGAACAACCAGUUAUAUUGAAUUACAUAGAAUGCUUUUUAAUCCUUACAGUCUCUACAGUGAUGAUGGUGUCAGUAAAUCAGUGACAAUGGCAACUUCAAAUGUUAUUCAAAAAACAUCGACUCACGUUACAUCACAAUUGACAAGUCAUUUAUUUGAAGAUCCUGCGGCUAAUAAAACUCUUCCUUGUGGAUUGGAUCUUGUGUCGUUGAACAUUCAACGAGGACGUGAUCACGGUUUACCAGGUUAUACCAAAUGGCGUGAGCAUUGUGGAUUGAAGAAACCAAAUAAAUUUUCCGACUUGAAAUCUGAUCUUGAUCCUCAGGCGUUGAAUGCCAUUUCCAAAUUGUACACGAAUGUUGAUGAUGUCGAUUUAUAUACUGGAGCAUUGGCUGAAAUUCCUCGAUCGGAUGGAAUUGUGGGACCGACUUUUACCUGUCUGAUUGGAGAACAGUUUGAGAGAUCCCAGCAGGGCGAUGGUUUUUGGUAUGAAAAUUCUGAUCAUCCUGGUGAAUUCACUGAAGAACAACUGGUGGAAUUGAGAAAAACAUCGCUAGCAAAAUUAAUCUGUGAUUGCUCUGAUGGAAUAACAAAGAUCCAGGCUGAAGUAAUGAAGUCAGAAGGCGUUAAUAAUCCAAUUAUUUCUUGUGAAGAUAUUUCUGAACCGUCUUUUGAGGCUUGGAGAGAAAUUCCAACUCUAGCUACUGCAGAACCUGUUUGGUUGGCUUUUAAAAAUGAUAUCAAUAAAACGGUGCAAAACUUUGCCGAUUUCAUUAAAGGAAAUGAACCAUCAAUUCCAGAUGACGACUAUCUCACCUUUCAAAAGGAACUUAAUGAAUCGUUCGAGAAUCUCAAAAAUGAACUUCAAAGUUUACGUCCCUCGAUCGAUUCCGAAUCAUUAAAUUCUGAUUCAUCAGAUUCGAAUUUAAUGUUAUUUAUGAACAAUUCGUUACAAGAUGCGACUAAUCAAGUGAUAUCGAUAGCGAAAAAACAUCAUGAUUGGGAAGCUUUUAAAACAAACACUAUGUGUGUUCUCAAUAAAAGUGUUGAUCAGCUGAAAGAAGGUUCAUCCAGCCGGGACGAUUGGUUGGCAUUUAAAGACAAGAUCAAAAUAGAAGUCAAACGAAUAAAAGAAGACGUUGCAAAUAUGAAGAAUCAAAUUGCUGACAUAAAGAAAAAUCCAAAACUUCAAAAAUUGAUGGACGAUGACUCCAAUUGGAAGAUGCUCAAAGGAGAUGUUAUCAAAUCUAUCGGUGAGGUUGUUGACGUCAUUGAGGAUAAUCUCCCACCAUCAGAUGAUCCAGAUCGCACGACUUUUGUUCAACACAUAAAAGAUCAGUUCCAUCGUUUUAGAAAUCAAGUCUCCGAAGAUAAUAACGAUACUGAAAUUACUAAAGAUAUUGAAGAUACUAAUCAAUCAGAUGAUCAAUCAAUAUCGCACUGGGAGAAUGCAAAAAGAAAAACCCUCACAUCAUUAAACGAAGCAAUUCGCAAUAUCGAUACAAAUAAACCAGAUUGGUACAAUUAUAGAGAUGAAAUUAAAAACAAAUUUUCGAAAAGAAGAAAAAAUUCAAAUGAAAAUCACGAAUGGAUUAAAUUUAAACGUGAUCUUAUUGAAAUUCUUGAUAGAAUAAUUGAAGAUAUCAAAAAUAAUGCUCCACUACCUGAUGAUCCUUCAUGGCCUGAGUACAAAAAGAAAAUCAUUGACAUAUUAUUGAAAUUCAGAAGUGAUAUACCAGUGAAAACUUCCGUUUUGUUGACAAUAUCAAAUGGUACAGUGUUCGAUUGGAAAAAUUUCAAGUCAGACUUAAAUAAAUCUUUAUGUGAAUUAAUUGACGCUAAAAAAUCUAAAAAUAUUACAUCAAAUGAUCCAUGUUGGAAAGAAUUUAGAGAGAAAUUUCACAAAUCAUUAAAUGAUUCCAAAUACAAGAUGUCUCUUUUGAAAUUGAAUUUUGCAGAUAAUUCAAAAUCUGAUUGGAUCAAUUUUAGACGAGAUUUAAAGGAAGCAAUAGAAAUUGUUGUUCAUUAUAUCAAGAUGAAUGCUCCGCCUUGCGGUAGUCCGGAUUGGAUUGAAUUUAGAAAAGAGAUUAGAACAAAGUUCGCGGAUCUACGAAAAGAGUUUGAUAUUCGAAAAGAUGAAAUUUUGGGAAGAAUAUCUGAAAUGAAAAAAAUAAAUCACAAUGAUUCUGACGGUGAAUUUAAUUCAAAAAAUGAAGAUUGGAAUUCAUUAAAAGAUGAUUUAAAUAAAACCAUAAAUGAAUCAUUAAGGCGAAAAAAAUGGAAAAAAUCUUGGAUAUGUGAUUCAAAAUGGAUGAAAUUUUGCAAUUAUGUUAACAAAUCAAUUUCGGAAUUUAAAUUUAAUGUAAGUAAAUUAUCACCAAAAGUGAAUGACAGGCAAUUAUUAAAAUUAUCAAACGAUUGGAAUGAUUUUUCCAAUCAAAUAAAUGAUUCAUUAAAAAGUGCUUUGAAAAAUUUUGAAAAUAAACUUUUAAAAAAUAUCGACUGGAUGAAUUUGCGAGAAUCAAUCAAAAAUAAUGUUGCACAGGUAAAAGAAGAAAUAGCAAAAAUUAAAGAAGAAUGGUUAUUGGAGACGAAAGAAGAAAAUAAGAAUAAAAAUAUUUCCGAUCUUGAAGAAAUAACUGAUAAAUCAUUUUCGGAUCUUAAAAAUCAAGUUAAAAAUUUGGAAAUAAAAUCAAUUCAAUUUAAUAUUACAGAUGAUGAUUGGAAGGAAUUUAAAAAUUCUAUAAACAAAACUGUCAAUAAUUACAUGAAUUCGAUAAAACAAAAUAAUUCAAAUGAGUGGAUAAAUUUUAAAGAUUUUAUAAAAAAAUCAAUGGAUGAUCUAAAGAAUCAAAUUGCCUCGCUUAAGAAUAAUAUUGACGAGUCUGUUGAAAAAAUUGAAAUGAAAAAAAAUUCUUUACAAAUUUUAAAUAACACAUCAUCAUCAGUUGAAGCGAAUAAUGAAUCGAUAGAUGACAUAAUGAACAAUUUUCAAAAUACCACAAUUAUAAAUUCUAAUUUAAACAAAGUUAGAGAAACGUUGGUGAGUGCUCGCAAUCAAAUUCUAAAUCUUUCAUAUCAAGAUUCCGAAUCUAUUGAAAAUAUUCCCAAGUGGAAAAAAUAUCAAAAUUCAGUGAAAGAUCAAUUUAAUGAGUUAAAUGAUGCCGUGAAAAAUAAAAUGGAUCUUAUAAAUAAUACAAAAUCUUCUGCAUCAAAAUUGACAAUUUUUCAUAUAACGACAAACUCUAUUUUAAUUCUAACACUGAUGAGGCUAGAAAUAAUUUUAUAGUUAUUCUUCGACUCAUGUAUAUUUGAAUAAUUGCCAAAUUUUAUAAAGUUAAUAUUAAUAUUAAUUUAAGAAUUAGUUUAAAAUAAUUAGUUAUUAAUAUAACAAUAAUUAUAAAUUGAAUACUUAA